AUGAAGAAAACAAAAGAACUGGCAGUUCAAAAGAGACAGGUGGUCGUAGACCUUCAUAAAUCUGAGCCUGAUGGUGUGAGGCUGGUGGGAGGAGGCAGUCGCUGUGCUGGUGGAGUGGAGUGGUACGACCAGGGAGAGUGGAGGACUGUGGGAGCUGAUGACUGGUUCAAGGAGGCUGUAGCUGCAGUAGUGUGUAGACAGCUGGGUUGUGGCUCCACUGUUUCAGUUCUACCUGGAAACACCACUGGAGGGUUUGGAGUUCGCUGUUCUGGGUCUGAGCUUUCACUGAGGGAGUGUAUGAGACUGUAUCGUCCCUAUCCUGUAGUCACAGUGAUCUGCUCAGAUCUCCUGGUCCAGCCUGAUAUCUUCCUGACUGACUCAAUGGGAGGGGUCUCCAGGGGCCACCAGGGGCCCGAAGUGUUUAGGGGCUACAACUUCACCAUCACCUGCUCUACUCAGCCACAGUACCCAGGAGGCUCCUUCCUCCUUACGUUCACCGGCUCCAACAGAGCCCAGACCCAGCCAGCUGUCAAUCACUCUGCUGCCUUCCUCUUCCCUGCUGCAGAUGGCUCCCACCAAGGGAACUACAGCUGUGUUUAUGACAAUUAUGUUUUCUCUCAUAACUUCUCCUCUGAGAGUGAGCUCAUCUCCCUCACCGUCACAGCCUCUCCUCUACCAGCCUUCAUCAUCAGACACGUUGUAGUGCUGCUGAUCCUACUGACAGCCAUCACCACCAUCUACCUGUACUACAAGACCACCAGGAGGCAGAAGAGAGUGAACAGGGUGAGCAGCAUGGUUCUUUAUGUUGAUGCCAAUGCCAUGGAGAUGGUCUCUCUGAGCUCCAGAGCUGAAGCUGGACCGGGAGAGGAGAGAGCAGCCCAGGGGACUGAGUAGGAGUAGAAUGAUGCUGACCCUAAAUGUUGAUCUUAGGUCAGUUUUGUGUUUUGAACUUGAUGGUCAGCAGUGGACUGGUGUUUAAAAUGUGGUGACAAACCUUAAGUGGUUCUAAUUUUAAUAACACAAGUUAAGAAUUAGUUUAUAUUUUUAUAACCUUGGAAGAAAUCUAAAAGGAGUGAUUGUAACCACCAUUAUUCAUUUUUGUUUGUUUUGUACCACCAUGGUACCAUGGGGUUUUGGGUAUCAUGGGGUUUUGGUAACAUGGG